UUUCCGUUCCACGAGUCCACCCCUGUCCCCUGCUCCCGUCUUCCCUUCGAUUCGAACUCCCCUCUGACCUCUCCCCACACCGCGACUCAAAUCUAGGGUUGCUUCGCUCGCUCUCCUCCGCUCCGCCCAUGGCCGACCCGCCGCCCCCGGACGCGCACCCGGAGCAAUCCCCCGCCACCGAGAAGCCCCCCGCGGCGCCUCUGACACCCGAACCCGAGGAUGCGGCGGAGCAGGAUGUCGAGUCGGAGGUGGAUGAGGAGUACGUGAGCGACCCCGACGACGCUCUCCCGGAGAUGCGUCGCCGGGAGGCCAGCGACGACGAGGGGUCCGAGGAAGGUAGGCGGCCUCCCAGGGCGCGGAUCGACCCCGACCACGACGACGACGGCCAAGGUGCCCCGGAGGAUUACGAGGGCGAAGUGGAGGAGGAGGAGGACGAGGACGAGGAAUACUACGAUGAUUUGUUGGAUGAUGAGGAGGUGGGCGAGGGGCUCGAGGAGGAGUAUGAUGGCCACGCUGUGCCGCCCAAGGAGGUCGCCGCCGGCCAGGGGGAGGCGGACGAGAAGCCUGGGGAGGAGGGAGCUGAGGCUGAGGCUGAGGCUGAGGCUGACGGCGAAGAGAAGAAGGAGCAGGAGCCGUUCGCGGUGCCCACCUCCGGCGCGUUUUACAUGCAUGACGACCGGUUUCAGGAGGACGGCCGGGGCCGACGCAGGCGAAUGCUUGGUGGGAGGAAGUUAUGGGAUGCUAAAGACGAUCAAGCAUGGGUGCAUGACAGAUUCGAGGAGAUGAACGUGCAUGAGGAGUGCUAUGAAGAUAAGCGAAUGUCAAGAGGCCGUUUUAGAGGUCGUGGUAGUGGAGGUAGGACUAGAGGCACUGCCCAUGGAUUUUCAAGAGGAGGGAGGUACCACAGUUAUCACGAAGAUAGCGACAACCAAAAUCAUAGUGAAAACCAGAACCGGCCCCAAAAGAUUGUCCGCGGGAGAGGACCCAGACGUUAUGACACAAUUGCAAAGAACAACCGAGAUGUUGUCGGGUUCCAACGUAAACAACCAACAAGAUCUCGCGAACUGGUCGCUCAUUCUGCAGCGGCCAGAGAGCCUGGCCAAAUUUCAAAUGCACAUUCGGAAGCAGUUCCUGCUAAAAAGAAUGUUGUCAAUUCAAGCUUAAAUUCUGCGUCACCACCAUUUUAUCCCUCUGGUGCCUCAAACCAACUGGGAGCUCAAAGAAGGGACAUACAACCAGGAGGUUCAAAUAAGGUUCAUCCAUCUUCCAUGAAGAUGGAUGACAACAUGAAGCUACAAUCUGGUCCAGUAGUUAGAGGGAAAGGAACCACGGACUAUGGUGGACGCGAUAGGUUUCAUGCCGAGGGUCCUGUUAGACCAUCUCCUGCAAGAAGUGUAGGAGGAUCAUCAUACUCAUCAGGGUUUGCAUCAUCAUCAAUUAAUUCUGGUCAAUCCCCUAAUAACAGGGCUCAAGGGGGAAAUGCAAGCAUUGGUGUUCCUUCACAUAAUCGGCCCACACCAUCAUUUCAGCAAACUUCUAGAGUUUCUACGCAACAGCAAAAUCAUACCUCAAUUAUGCACCAGAAGUCAGGCCAAGCACCUAGUCAAGCUGCAAUGAGAAUCCCAACUCAGCAGGUGAGCCAUCGGACGGGCAAUGCUUCACCAAGUGCUCAGCACCUACCUGCUAGAUCAACUGAAAGUGACGAGAAUGGUUCAUAUCCUAGUUCAAAUCAAUCCAAGACAUCUGAGGUGGAAAAAACCAACAAAGAAACUGGACGGGGCUCCUUCAUGUAUGGUGGAGCCCAGGUUAUUGGGGCUGCUGGUCUUGCCCAGGGCGAGCAAAAUUUUCCUGGCACCCCAGCUCUCCUGCCAGUGAUGCAAUUUGGCGGCCAGCAUCCAGGUGGGCUUGGAGUUCCUACUGUUGGUAUGGCCCUCCCUGGCUAUGUGGCUCAGCAGCAGCUGGGAAGGGGAAAUAACGAAAUGGCGUGGUUACCACUAUUGGCUGGUGCAGCUGGGGCUUUUGGAGGAUCAUAUCCACCUUACAUUACCCUUGAUCCAAGCUUUUACUCUAGGUCUUCAGGACAGACGUCGUCGUCAGUUCCAUCCAGGGAAGGUAAUGUUAACCAUGGGGCUAAAUCUCCUCCCCAAAACGAUAUUGUGACUGAAGAGCUUGAUCAGCGCCAGAACAAGCAUAGGAGAUACUCAGAGAUGAACUUCAGUCAGUGAAGCACCCUGUAAGGUGAAUUUCAUCUGAAUAAGCUGCUUACGGCCCUGUUGUAGGCCCUUUGUGAUCUCUGGUUAUGAUCUGAGCAUUUUGGGUGGCUUGGUGUCCUAAAUUAUAUUAGGUCUUAUAGAUGCCUGCUCGUGCUGUAGUUAUCUGAUGGGGGUCGCUUCACAGCAGAGCAGGGGGUGCAUUUGUUGCUUGAGUUGUGGUGUUGCUUGGUCGAAAUGGCUAAUUUGUUGGUGGCAUCUGAAGACGUGAGCGGUUGUUGAAGAGAGGUUUGAAUAAUGAUCUGUGUUGAUUGAUAAAGAAAGGCAAGAAUGGCUUUUAGUACAUUUUGUUAGUGACUCGAGUUUAUGUCGGUCUGAGUUCUGAUGUACCUAUGUAUCUAUCCUCCAAUAGUGGUAUUGGCAAGAGCAAGUGGCUUUGUUGCUGCAGUUUGUAUCUUUUGGAGUAUGUGGGAAUGUGGGUGAGAUUUGUCAAUUUUGUGCCUGAUGAGUGCCCAAUCGAUUGUGUUCAAUUG